AUGGCACUCGUCCGUGACCCAUACUUCUGGAAACGCUUCUCGACUGCGGUGCAUCUCGAUGAAGAGUCAAAAGGCGUGCAAUGCAACGUCGAAGCACCUCAAACGGAGAAGCCCCCGAUCUCAUGGCUUGAGAAAGAACGAAGGAAGAGUAAACGAUCGCUUAUCUGGGGCUUCGUCAUAUUCUUCUGCAUCGUGCUCCUUGUCACCGGUGGAGUCAUUGUCUGGUGGCUCAGCAAGCACAACUGGCUGCAGAGCAUCGAACCAUAG